AUGCUGCUCAUUAGUUCGUCAUCGUCGUCAAGGCGAUUCGCCGUUUCGGUGACUAGCAAAAUCAUAAACUCAGCAAAGGUUCUCGCGGGUGUAGAAAUGAGGAAUAGUAUAUGUAUUAUUACAACUCGUACAUCGACUUCUACUGGUGCUCCUGCAGAUAUCAAACCACCACUUGUGAAUUUGAAAGUGGCACGUCUAGUAUCUUUGGAUGCCAGAAACGAGGUCGUCGUUGGUGGUGGUCGUAGUAAAAUGAAUUUGAAAGCAGUUGCCAGAGACUAUUGGUUACAAACGUUAUGGCAAUUCCCUCACUUCUACGCAUUAGCGUGGUUAUAUAGAUCCGACUACUCAGCUGCGGGGUAUAAGAUGUUCCCACUGGAUGAUGACACUGGUCAUAAGACUGCAGCUAUGUGUUUGCCGUAUAUGGUAGGGUUAGCUGUACUACCAGUGGUGGCUUCGGGGUUGGGUGUCACCAGUUGGAUGUUUGCAUUCUCGGCGAUGGUA